AUGGCCGCCAGGAGCUUUGUGCUGUGGCUGCACGGCCUGGGCGACUCCGGCCCGGCCAACGAGCCGAUAAAGACCUAUUUCGCUUCCCCCGAGUUUAAGAGUACCCGCUGGUCCUUCCCCUCGGCUCCCAACAUGCCCGUCAGCUGCAACUGUGAGCCUCUCCCGAGCUUAUUAUCUUGGUUUUGGUCAUGGUGUAUCGGAUCUUUGGUAUUCUUUGAUUAGCCUUCCUUCCAAGUUCGAAUUGGUCGAUCCAUUGACCGGAGAUCGACUUGGAUUCCGUCAACUGGUAAAGCCUAUAUAAAUAUCUAGCGGAAUGGAGUACAGAUUGAUCAAGGCAAUGAAUGACACAAACUCCUGGAGAGGCAUUAUCCAGAGACGACCGGGGCCUAAUCUGACGCUCACCAGUGACAUACUGAAUCCAUGUCUUUCGCAUAGAAUCUCUGUCGUUCAUCAAGUCAAUCAAAUGAUAUGAGUCCAACUGAAAAGAAUUCGCCUAUAUAUUUACGACAUAACACAAAUGAAGUGCAUCAUAUAUGGAAUUAUAUGGAAUGUCAGAAAAUAUCAGCAUUAAGGUUGAUUUAUCUCCCGGCCUUGCUUGUGUUAGGUCAAAACCGUGGUAUUCUAUAAAUGGUAACAAAAUUUCUAUUUCUAUGCAGCUAAAAUGAAAAUAAUUCUUAUGAGAAAAGAAAAUUAUUUUAUGUUAGUUGAUAUUGUUUUCUGCGUCAUCCUUGACAUCACUAUAGACUUCAAGGAUAAACAUAUUUCCAAUGAUAUCACUGGCUGUACAGAUUGCAGAAAUAGUGGUCAUCGACAGGAACGAGUACAAUGACUAUUUGAUUGUGGAUGAUAUUCUUUUUCUACGUUUCAUGUUUUACAUAACUUAUCGGAUCUAAGUCACUGUUUGACAGUAAUUUUGCAUGUCGUACUGAAUUUUUGAGAUUCAUUGUAGAUGGCAGUGUCAUGCCCUCGUGGUUCGACAUUCAGGAGAUACCCGUGGGUGCUGUAAGUAGUAUUCAACCCUUUACAGCAUACUUUUCCUUUCCCCGGAUGUUUUGCUUUUAUAAUUUACGCUGAAAAAAUAAAACAUGUUUUUUCCUUGCUUUCUCAAUAUAAAUGAUGCGACUGUUAUUCUUCUUUAUAAGCUCUUUAUCUCUGUGAUCACGUACUUUUUGCAUUAGUCGAGCCUGAAAUGUACUGUAUGGCUAUCUUAUUUGGUCAACUCAUGUUGGCCACAGAAUAACUUGUCUUCAUGAUUUCAGUUCAUUAGAACUGUUUUUGAAUGGUUGGAGAAAUUCAUGCAAGAUGAUGAUGAUGUUGAGAUGCUCUGUGGAUUAUCAGGAAUCUCCGAAAGAUGAAGCUGGAGUCAUGAAAGCUGUUAAAAGUAUUCAUGCAAUGAUAGAUAAGGAAAUAUCUGCCGGCACAAACCCUGAAAAUAUAUUUAUUUGUGGUUUCAGCCAAGGAGGUACUUAUAAUUAUCACGCAUAAUUUUCACUGCGCUAUUUUUCUUCAGUUUGGGGUCAAUAAUGAACAAUGUUCAAAAAAAUUGAGAAAAUGUGCCUUACCCAGAAUAAAAUCAUAUUCGGGUUAAUAACCCCAUUUUAAAUGCUAUGGAAAAGGCAGGAUAGGCACUAUGCUGCGAAGAAACCACGGACAAUAAAAGAGUUAUUAAAGAGUUUGCAUUCCUUCUUUGGCAGGGGCUUUGGCAUUAGCUAGUGUUCUGCUUUUCCCCAGGACUUUAGGAGGCGGUGCAGUCUUCAGCGGAUGGGUGCCAUUUAAUUCAUCAAUUAUGGGCAACAUAUCAUCUGAAGCAAAGAAGGUGACUCCUCUGCAGAUGCUUUUAGUGAAAUGCCCAAUUUUAUCGUAUUUUGAUGUCUUCUAAUUACAUGAAUAGCCCAUUUUUUUUCCUGAAUAACCUUUAUAUACUUCAGCUGGGAAUGGCAUGCUAAUAAAAUUAAAAAGGGAGGAAAUAUAAGAGUGAAUGCAAUCAAACGUGUUUUUAUUUCCCUGUCCAACAUGAGGGCGAGAAAAUCCAACACUGAGAAACAAGCAUAGGUAUAUUAGAUUAGACUACGUUUAUCCCAUGGCCAUCCGUUGUGUAGGUUUCCUUAAACUCGCUUUGAGAGUCGACUUGGAAGGAGUGGAGCUUCUGACUAAAGAUGGAGUGGUUUUGCAAAUAAUUUUCUGCUCUGCUGGAGACAAACUGUCGGGACUAAAUAAUGUUCUCAUUGUUUUCAUACCAUUUGCCUGUUUAACACAGCAAUACAGAGCUACAAGAUGACAGAGCUAGUGAGAGAAAAUCAUCCCAUUGUUCUUCGCCUGAACUGUCCUCUUCUGAAACCUUCUCCCACAAGUCCCCAUCCAGACUUCCUUCUGUCAACAAUAUAAGACAAUCUCCAGCCACCCAUCCGCCCAAUUUCCCAUUUUAUAAUCAGGGUUCAUCUCGCUAUCCUCUCUUCUCUGAACUGUUUUUUCUAUGUUUUUUUCAUCUGAAACAUUGCAGACCCCUCUCCUCUGGCUGCACGGCAUGGCCGACAGGACGGUCCUGUUCUCGGCCGGGCAAGCCGGCCCUCCAUUUCUCGAACAGGCGGGGAUGAAGUGUGAAUUCAAGGUCUGUUCAACUCUCUACCCAUCAUCAUGCCCAUCUGUAAGCAAAUAAUCCCAGGCCCAUAAUGACCAGGAGUUUCCCUAAGCCAAGGCCUCUUCGUCUCUCAUGGAUGUUGCAGGCCUACCCUAAUCUUGCGCACAGCAUAAACGAUGAAGAACUGCUCUCCCUGGAGUCAUGGAUCAAGACGAGGCUCCAGAGCUCCUCCUGA